UAGAGGAAGGAGUGAACAUUUUUUUUUAUAACAGCUAUGCAAUAUGGAUUACCAAAUUUUCUCAUUUGUAUUUUUUUUUCUUUUUUAAUAUAAAAAGUUCUUUUAAUUUUUCUUUAAACAUUAUAUUUCUCAUAUUUUUUUGUGGUUUUGCUUUUAUUCUCUUCUUUUUUUGUAUGAGCUGGUAUAGCUGCUAUAAAUUUAUAAGAAAGGUGCUCAAUGAAGACUUGAUAGAAGAUGAAGAGAUAAAUCCGUCCAUAUUAAACGAAAUAGUACCUCAGAUAUUUUUUUCGUUGUGCAAUUUUCUCUUAAUAAAUCUUUUAUAUGUAGGGCAUUUAUUAGUGUACCUUAACAUGAAAGACGACUUUAUUUUUAUACCUUUUGAAUCACUUUUUAUUUUUUUUCUUUUCUUUACUAUUUGUAUUUUGUAUGCAAUUUUUUUUAAAUAUGAAAAUUCGACGAGCGUCUUUAUUCUUGGGUUGAACGGAAUAGUAACAUUGUUGUUUUUCAUUUUAAGGGAAAAGUAUAUUUUCUUACCGUCCCUACUAUGCUCUGGCUAUUAUCUUAUUUACAAAAUUAUAAAAUAUAAGAAGAACAGAUUUUUAUAUCAUAUCAAGGAAGAAAAUUAUAUGAAAAUUUUGUUAUAUGGAUGUAGCUUAACCUUUGUAGAUUUAUUGCUUAAGAAUUUUAAUUUGAUUGACAUACAGUUGUUUUCCUUUUUCUUAUUAAUUUCAUAUAUCAUUUUUGUGUACUCUGAUUUGAAUCUUCAAAAAAUGGAAAUCCUUUAUGAAUCAAUUGAAAAUAGAAUUUUGUAUACGUACGUAUCUUCUUUUCAAUUGAACAAUAAAAUGCCUGGAAAACCUUAA